AGUCUUCGCUUGCAGUCGAAGGAGUAAGGUGCUCAACGGCAUUGGUUCUAUACAUGCAAACCUAACUUCUGGGCUAUCAGCAGGAACACCUACAUGGAUACAUAAUUUGCAACUUAUUCGACAGCGUCUUGAGAAAAGCAAGCGAACGAAGAGACGCUCUGACAUCAACCGGUACAAGAGCCCUGACUUCAGAGAUUGUUCCACGAGAGAUAAAAGUAGCAGGUGUGCGGAGCCAUGCCCUGCGUCCAGGCUCAGUAUGGGACAUCACCUCCAGGAGCCAGCCCUGCAUCUCAGAGUUACAGCUACAACACCACGGGAGAGUACAACUGCGACUUCUUAACGCCGGAGUUUGUCAAGUUUAGCAUGGACCUGACUAACGCAGAGAUAGCUGUCACUUCUUCGCUCCCCAGUUUCAGCACCUUCGUGGACACCUACAACUCCAACUACGACGUGAAGCCUCCCUGCCUCUACCAAAUGGCCCACUCUGGGGAUCAGCUGUCCAUCAAGGUGGAGGAGAUACCCGCACACGGCUACCAUCAGCAGCAGCACCAUCAGCCGCAUCAGGCUGAGGAGAGCAUACCCCAUACCGGAGCUAUAUACUAUAAACCAUCCACUCCAAACAUCUCCCAGUCCCCCAGUUACCCAACGGCUCCACAUCAUACGUGGGAAGACACCGGAUCCCUUCACAGCUUUCACCAGAACUACCUGGCGACGUCACAUAUUAUGGACCAGCAGCGGAAAAACGCGAUGUCUCGGUUAUUCUCGUUCAAGCAGUCUCCGGUUGACACGCCGAUGCCAAGCUGCCAGAUGCGCUUCGAUGGAUCCCUGCACGUGUCCAUGGGCCCGGACACCGCACAUCGCGCGCUGGACAGUUUUGCUUUGCCGGCUCCUCCGAGGAAACAGCACGGUGUGGGUUUAUCCCAUUCCCUAAACGUCGGGCACCCCUUACUGGAAAGCCCGGUGGCAUCACCGCAGGCUAGAGGAUCUCCGUCCAGCGAGGGUUUGUGCGCUGUGUGCGGGGACAACGCAGCCUGUCAGCACUACGGAGUGCGCACAUGCGAGGGGUGCAAAGGAUUCUUUAAGCGCACGGUGCAGAAAAACGCCAAAUACGUUUGUCUGGCGAACAAAAACUGUCCUGUGGACAAAAGACGGCGAAAUCGAUGCCAAUAUUGCCGUUUUCAAAAGUGCCUGGUCGUUGGGAUGGUAAAGGAAGUUGUCAGAACCGCCAGCUUAAAAGGUCGAAGAGGUCGCCUCCCCUCCAAACCUAAAAGUCCGCAGGAUAUCCCUGUCUCUUUCACACCCGUCAAUCUCCUGAACGCACUAGUGAGAGCGCACAUAGACUCCAACCCCUCCAUGGCCCGUCUGGACUACUCUAAAUUUCAGACGAGUCCGGAGUAUCACAGUGGAGGAGAUGAAUCUCUGCACAUUCAGCAGUUCUACGAUCUACUCACUGCCUCAAUGAGCAUCAUUCGCGGAUGGGCCGAAAAAAUCCCCGGCUUUACCGAGCUGCCCAAAUGCGACCAGGAGCUCCUUUUCGAGUCUGCCUUCCUUGAACUCUUCGUGUUGCGGCUGGCGUACAGAUCUAACCUGCCAGAGGACAAACUCAUCUUUUGCAACGGAAUGGUUUUACACAAGUUGCAGUGCGUGCGAGGCUUUGGGGAGUGGAUCGACUCUAUUGUCGAGUUUUCUUCUAAUCUUCAGAGCAUGAGCUUAGACGUGUCUGCCUUCUCCUGCAUAGCCGCUCUCACCAUAGUAACAGAGAGACACGGACUAAAGGAGCCCAAGAAAGCAGAGGAACUUCAAAACAAGCUCAUAAACUGUCUGAAGGAUCAGGUGUCCUGCAGUGGUGAAUUGUCUAAACUGUUGGAGAAGCUGCCGGAGGUGCGCGCGCUGUGCACGCAGGGUCUGCAGCGCAUCUUUUACUUGAAACUGGAGGAUUUGGUGCCCACGCCUGCGAUCAUUGAUAAACUCUUUCAUGACACUUUACCAUUCUAAACAAUCUCGUCUGAACUGAAGCAGGUUCUCGAAACCUUGUUAUUCUUCGAUGUUGCGGACUUUUUAGGAAAUGAAAAUGGCGGAUGGUAUUUUUAAAGAUCGGAGAAAGACUGCCCGGGACAAAACUGAACAGUCCUAUUUGGAGGAAAUAAUUAUUCAA